AUGGUAAAUGACUGAUGGGGAAUCAUGAACAGCUCUUCUGAACUCGAAGAUGGCACUCGGCAUAAAAACCAGACAUUCUGUGAGUGUGUACCCAGCUCCUCCCAGCUCAAACAUCGCUGGUCAGACUCAGAUACUGCCAGGGAGACCCCGGCCAAGAGGAUGAGCUGCAGCUACCUGCUCUGUACCAUCCUCCUCUUUGUGGCUGUAUUGCUGGCUGUCACUGUGACUGGCACCAUCCUCUUCAUGAAUCACUACCAGGCCCCGCCCAUGUCCGAUGGCCUACCCCACAUCUCCACCAAUCAGGACGAAGCGAACGCCCUGGUCACCGUCGAGAGAGGCGACGGCUCUCGCAUCAACAUCUUCAUCGACCCCAACUGUCCCGACUACAACAGUAACUUUUUGCGCCUGGAGGGUGUGCAGACGUCGCUGCUCCACUCGCUGACCGACCACGACUCCGACCUGAAGUCGGUGAAAGGCCAAGACCGGGCUUUGCUCGUCACCCUGGCUGAGGAGGUGGCCAAGCUGUCGGCCCACGCAGGGCAACUGAAAAUGGACUACGAAUCCCUCCGCAGGGGGCAAGGCAGCCUGGGUCAGGACCUGAACACGCUGCAGACUGAGCAGGGACGCCUCAUACAGCUGCUGUCAGACAGCCAGAUCAACAUGGUGAAGGUGGUGAACUCGGUGAGCGACGCUCUCAACGCCAUGCAGAAGGAGAACGUGGGCCUGAAGGCACGCGUCAAGGCCGACCUGCAGAGGGCACCAGUACGAGGGGGCCGUUUGAAGGGCUGCUCCAAUGGCUCGCGUCCACGUGACUGCGGCGAUCUGUACGCUAGUGGUCAGAGGGAGGAUGGCAUCUACUCCGUGUUUCCUGUUCACUUCCCGGCAGGCUUCCAGGUCUACUGUGACAUGACCACAGACGGAGGAGGCUGGACAGUGAUCCAGCGCAGGGAGGAUGGCUCUGUCAACUUCUUCAGAGGAUGGGAGUCCUAUCGUGAGGGAUUUGGCAAGAUUACCGGUGAACACUGGCUUGGCCUGAAGCAGAUCCAUGCCCUGUCCAUCCAGGGCAACUAUGAGCUGCGUAUCGACUUGGAGGACUUUGAAAAUAGCACCGCAUACGCCCAGUACGCCACCUUCGGGGUGGGCCUCUUCUCCGUGGACGCUGACGAUGACGGAUACCCUUUGACUGUGGGAGACUAUUCUGGAAACGCAGGUGACUCUCUCCUGAAGCACAACGGGAUGAAGUUCACCACCAAAGACCGGGACAACGACCACUCGGAGAACAACUGCGCCUCCUUCUACCACGGGGCCUGGUGGUACCGCAACUGCCACACCUGCAACCUUAACGGCCAGUACCUGCGCGGCCAGCACACAUCCUACGCAGACGGCAUCGAGUGGUCCUCCUGGACGGGCUGGCAGUACUCACUCAAAUUCUCCGAGAUGAAGAUACGGCCCACCCGCGACGCUGAGAAGAAAUGA